AUGGCAUCCAUCGGAAAAAUUUAUUGUUAUCCCAAUAAUCCUCGUGUCUACAAAAUUCUUAUUGCUGCCGAAUACAAUAAUCUUGAAGUUGAGGUAGCAGAGUUCGAAUUUGGUACGGAUAGCAAAAAACCCGAAUAUUUGGAAAAAUUUCAUUAUGAAAAAGUUCCUGCAUUUGAAGGUGCCGACGGUUGUACUUUAAAUGAAUCCGGAGCAAUCGCAUAUUACGUUUCCUCUCACAAAGAAGGCACUCAACUUUUAGGCAAAGAUAAAAAGGAAACCUCUCAAGUACUUCAAUACAUUUUAUUCAGUGAAAAUGAAAUCACUCCUAAUGCCAAUACUUGGAUCAAUCCGAUUUUAGGAAUAACAAGUUAUAAUAAAUCGGCUCAUAACCAAGCAGUUGAGGGUCUUAAAAAAUCUCUCAAUGUAUUGGAAAAGGUUUUAUUAAAAAAGACUUAUUUAGUUGGUGAACGUAUCACAUUAGCCGAUAUUACUGUCGCCACAGCUCUUUAUUUACCUUUCAAGUUGGUUUUGGAUGCAGAAUUUCGAAAAAAUUAUAAGAAUCUUACCCGAUGGUAUGUCACACUUAUUAACCAACCCGCUUUCAAAAAGAUCUUACCUGAUGUUACUCUUGCUGAAGUUGCAGUUACUUAUACUCCUCCAAAAAAGGAGAAAAAAGAACAACCCAAAAAAGAACCUAAAAAAGAGCAACCCAAAAAAGAUCAGAAACCAGAAGAUGAGGAGGAAGAAGAGAAACCUGAACCAAAGCCAAAGAGUAAAUUAGAAAUGUUGCCUCCGAGUCCUUUGAAUUUGGAAGAAUGGAAACGCUUUUAUUCUAAUAAUGAAACUCGCCCAGACGCUAUCGAUUGGUUCUGGAAACAUUAUGAUCCGGAAGGAUAUUCGAUCUGGAGUGUGGAUUACAAAUACAAUAGUGAAUUGGACAAAGUUUUUAUGAGUAGUAACUUGAUUGGAGGUUUUUAUAAUCGAUUAGAUCGUGCUCGUAAAUAUGCUUUUGGAAGUUUGGUAGUUUUGGGAGAAGACAAAAAUAAUGAAAUUGCGGGAUAUUUUGUUAUUCGUGGUCAGGAAAUACCAGAAGAAGUAAGUGACGCAGCAGAUUUUGAGGUAUUUGAUUUCAAGAAGGUAGAUCACACUGAUACCGCUGUUCGUGCUGAAUUUGAAUCAUUUCUGGCUUGGGAUAAUACUAUUCGUGAAUGGAACGUUACAAGUUUUCUUAAAGAAGUUGAUGCAGAAGAUUUUGAUAGUAAGAUAGAUUUUUAUCUCAAAUCUCUCGAAAUUAUUGUUGAUAAUAAUGAAAGCAACGAAAAAGAAAUGGGCAAAAGCAAAACUACUUACAGAAAGGCGAGUAUAUUUGCUACUCUCCGACCCAAUAUUGGUCCCCCAAGGGAUCAGGGACUUUCUCGGUUGCCUGAUGCAAGGCUACUCGCUGACCUGGUGGAUGAGAUUGCAAAUCAACACACCACUAGUGUUAUUGAACGACCCUCAGUUCAUCCUUUGAUGGGAAACUCUGGAAAUAUUAGUGGUGGAAAUUUUAAUUUAUCUAAAAAAAGCGUGUCAAAGAGAAGAAACGAAGAGUGUGAUAAUGAAAAGGUACAGAUAAGCAUUUCUAGCUAG